GCAGGAAGAUGAACAGAACUAAACUGCCGUGACUCCUGAUGGGCUGGAUUUUGUCUUGGUGGGAGUUUUUGAAGAUUCAUGCAGUGAAAGAAGAAACAGCCAAUGGCUUCAGAAUCCAUGGUCCCAGAGCAGGCAAAACAACAUCUGAUAAAGGGAAAAAGGCAGCAGCAGCAGCGGCAAACUAGGUCUUCCAACAGUGAUGGUGAAGAUGAUAUCUUUGUGUUUGAAGCAAAUGAGGCGUGGAAGGAUUUUCACAGUUCUCUUCUUCACUUCUUUGAAGCUGGAGAGCUCUGCGAUGUUACACUGAAGGUUGGUUCAAAGCUUAUCUCCUGCCACAAACUGGUGCUAGCUUGUGUUAUACCUUACUUCAGAGCCAUGUUUCUCUCCGAAAUGGCUGAAGCCAAGCAGACAUUGAUCGAGAUCAAGGAUUUUGAUGGUGAUACAAUACAAGAUCUAGUGAAAUUUGUGUACUCCUCCCGGCUUACUCUGACGGUGGAUAAUGUCCAGCCUCUUCUGUACGCUGCUUGCAUUCUUCAGGUGGAACUGGUAGCAAAGGCGUGCUGCGAAUACAUGAAGCUGCACUUCCAUCCCUCCAACUGCCUGGCGGUCAGAGCGUUUGCAGAGAGUCACAACCGCAUUGACUUGAUGGAGAUGGCCGAUCAGUACGCUUGCGAACAUUUUACUGAAGUGGUGGAGUGCGAAGACUUUGUGAGCGUGUCACCACAGCACCUCCAUAAACUCCUGUCCUCCAGUGACCUGAAUAUUGAAAAUGAAAAGCAAGUUUACAACGCUGCUAUCAAGUGGUUACUAGCCAAUCCACAGCAUCAUGCCACGUGGCUGGAUGAAAUACUUGCGCAGGUACGGCUGCCUCUCUUGCCCGUAUGUUUCCUUAUGGGUGUUGUGGCAAAGGAAGAGAUUGUCAAGCAGAAUCUAAAAUGUAGGGAUUUGCUGGAUGAAGCAAGAAACUACCACCUUCACCUGAGCAGCAGGGCAGUGCCAGACUUUGAGUACUCCAUUCGCACAACACCAAGGAAGCAGACUGCUGGUGUGCUGUUCUGUGUUGGUGGUAGAGGUGGAUCGGGUGACCCGUUUCGCAGCAUUGAAUGUUACUCUAUCAGUAGGAACAACUGGUUCUUUGGCCCUGAAAUGAACAGCAGGAGAAGGCACGUGGGUGUGAUCUCUGUAGGAGGUAAAGUCUAUGCAGUAGGGGGACAUGAUGGAAAUGAACACUUGGGAAGCAUGGAAGUAUUUGAUCCUCUCACUAACAAGUGGAUGAUGAAGGCAUCAAUGAACACAAAGAGGAGAGGAAUCGCUCUUGCCUCCCUUGGUGGCCCCAUUUAUGCAAUAGGGGGUUUAGAUGACAACACUUGCUUCAGCGAUGUGGAGAGAUACGACACGGAGUCUGACCGAUGGAGCGCAGUCGCCCCAAUGAACACUCCCAGGGGAGGAGUCGGCUCUGUUGCCCUCAUGAACCAUGUUUAUGCUGUGGGUGGCAAUGACGGCGUAGCAUCUCUUUCCAGUGUGGAGAAAUACGAUCCCCAUUUGGAUAAGUGGAUAGAGGUGAAAGAGAUGGGUCAGCGACGAGCUGGCAAUGGUGUCAGCGAGCUCCACGGCUGCUUGUAUGUUGUCGGUGGCUUUGAUGACAACUCUCCACUGAGCUCAGUGGAGCGGUUUGACCCACGCAGUAACAGAUGGGAAUACGUAGCAGAGCUUACAACUCCAAGGGGUGGCGUUGGCAUAGCGACACUGAUGGGUAAAAUUUUUGCAGUUGGAGGUCAUAAUGGCAACGCAUACCUGAAUACAGUGGAAGCAUUUGAUCCCAUAGUAAAUAGGUGGGAACUUGUUGGCUCUGUGUCACACUGCAGGGCAGGGGCAGGUGUGUCUGUGUGCUCUUGUCUCAGCAGCCAGAUCCGGGACGUGGGCCAAGGAUCCAGCAAUGUUGUUGACUGCAUGUGA